AUGCCUUACACCGACGUUGAUCAGCUUGCCAUCAACACCAUCCGCGUGUUAGCCGCGGAUGCGACCUUCCACGCUAAUUCGGGUCACCCGGGUGCCCCUAUGGGCAUGGCGCCAGUCGCCCACGUCCUGUUCAACCGCAUUAUGCGCUUCAACCCUAAGAACCCCAACUGGGUGAACCGUGACCGCUUCGUACUCUCCAACGGUCAUGGCUGCAUGCUCCAGUAUGCCCUCCUCCACCUCUACGGCUAUGCCGUCUCCAUUGAUGACAUCAAGGCCUUCCGCCAAGUCGGCAGCAUCACCCCAGGUCACCCUGAGUCCCACGACACUCCCGGUGUUGAGGUCACCACUGGCCCUCUUGGUCAGGGCAUUAGCAAUGCCGUUGGUCUGGCCAUUGCUCAGGCGCAUACUGCGGCCGUCUUCAACAAGCCGGGUUAUGACCUGAUCAACAACUACACAUACUGCUUCCUCGGCGACGGCUGCCUGAUGGAGGGUGUCUCUGCUGAGGCCUGCUCCCUGGCCGGUCACCUGCAGCUCGGCAACCUGAUCGCCAUCUGGGACGACAACCACAUCACCAUCGACGGCGACACCAACCAGGCCUUCACUGAGGACGUCCUCAAGCGCUACGAGUCAUACGGCUGGCACGUCCUGACCGUUGAGGACGGUGACCACGACCUCGAGGGCAUUGAGGCUGCCAUCCGCAAGGCUCAGGAGGUCAAGGACAAGCCUACCCUCAUCCAGCUUAAGACCACCAUUGGCUAUGGCUCCAAGCAACAGGGCAGCCAUGGCGUCCACGGCUCGCCGCUCAAGGCCGACGACCUUAAGCAGCUCAAGGAGAAGUUCGGCUUUAACCCUGAGGAGAGUUUCGUUGUUCCCCAGGAGGUCUAUGACCUUUGCGGCAAGGCCGCUGCUGCUGGCGCCGCUGCUGAGGAGGAGUGGAACCAGCUGUUCGCCAAGUACGGCGAGGAGUACAAGGCCGAGCAUGACGAUCUGCUCCGUCGUCUGCGCGGCGACCUGCCCGAGGGCUGGGAGAAGAAUCUCCCCACCUAUACCCCGAACGACCCCGCAGUCGCUUCCCGCAAGCUGUCCGAGAUCGUCCUCAACAAGAUCUUCGAUGCCGUUCCCGAGCUCAUGGGCGGCUCUGCCGAUCUUACUGGCUCCAACCUGACCCGCUGGAAGGGUGCCGUCGACUUCCAGCCCCCCUCGACUGGUUUGGGCAACUACGCUGGCCGCUACAUCCGCUUCGGUGUCCGUGAGCAUGGUAUGGGUGCCAUCCUCAACGGUAUGGCUGCCUACGGCACCAUCUUGCCCUACGGCGGUACCUUCCUGAACUUCGUCUCGUACGCUGCUGGUGCCGUCCGUCUUUCUGCUCUUUCCCAGGUCCGCGUCAUCUGGGUUGCCACCCACGACUCGAUCGGUCUUGGUGAGGACGGCCCGACUCACCAGCCUAUCGAGGUUCUCACUCACUUCCGUGCGCUGCCCAACUGCAUGGUCUGGCGCCCGGCCGACGGCAACGAGACCAGCGCUGCGUAUUACGUUGCUCUCACCUCCAAGCACACCCCCAGCAUCAUUGCCCUCUCGCGCCAGAACCUGCCGCAGCUUGAGGGCUCCGCCAUCGACAAGGCCAUCAAGGGCGGUUACGUCAUCCUCGAGCAGGAGAAGGCCGAUAUCACUCUCGUCUCGACUGGCUCUGAGGUCGCCAUCUGCAUUGACGCCGCCAAGCUGCUCGCCGAGCAGCACAACAUCAAGGCUCGCGUCGUCUCGCUGCCUUGCUUCGAGGUGUUCGACACCCAGGACAAGGAGUACCGCCUCAGCGUCCUGCCUGACGGCAUCCCGUCUCUGUCGGUUGAGGUCAUGAGCACCAUGGGUUGGGAACGCUACUCGCACGAGCAGUUCGGCCUCAACCGCUUCGGUGUUGCGGAUUGUACUAACCUGCUGGCUCAACAGAAGUUCGAGUUUACCCCUGAGGGCGUCGCCAAGCGUGCGCUGGCCACCAUCGACUUCUGGAAGGAUGUUCCCAACAUUCGCUCGCCCAUCAACCGCGCUUUCCAGCAGAUCAUUUAA